AUGACGUUAUUAAAGCUGGACAAGCGUUUCUGGUGCACAUAUUUCCCGACCACCCUCGAUGGAAAUGUAGGCAUGUGGUUCAAGAUGGUGCGACUAGGUAGCAUUUACAACUUUGGCCAACUCAAGUAUCUGUUCCUCACAAACUUCAUGCAACUACGAAAGUACAAAGGCGAUUCCCACUCCAUCAUCGGAUGUAAGCAAAGGGAAGGGGAAAGCAUAAGAGAAUACUUCACACGGUUUACAAACGCCACAUUAGACACAUCGGGUCAUGAAGAGGGCCUUAUAGUAGGAGAUUUCACAUGGGGACUCCUACCAGGUCCUUUGUCACAGAAACUCAUAGGCAAAAAUCCACCGACAAGAGCCAAGUUAAAGGAAAGGGUGGAAAGAUAUCUAAGACAAAAGGAAGGUGAGGUAGCGAAACAAGCAUAUUUAAACGCUAUAACAGUCAAGCGCUAUAACCCAACCCACGUAGAAACGUCGGGGGGGGGGGGGAAGCAGACACUCCAGGAGAGGGAAGAGACCGAUGGGUCGCUUUAG